AUAUUCGUUCCGAACGGUUCGAAUAGAGCAAUCUUACACACGCUGUCUGAUGAUUGCCUAUGGGCAUGAAACUGGUAUUAAUAGUAUUACAUGUAGUUACAACGAGCGAUGCUUGGUGCUCUGUGCCGUGUGUGUGAUGUAAAAUAUAGAUGUUUACGUACCUUGUGCUGACGCUUCACUCUAGAAUGAGAUGAUUACAUCGAGGGAUGCUCAGCGCGGAUACUGGCCUAGGCGACGGUUCUAAGCUGAGCCCACCAAGGCACCAUAAUGGUACCUACAUUACAUGAUUGCACAAACCUUGCCUACACUAGUACCCGGAUAACUCAAGGUAGGUGUUGAGUUGGCGGUUGCAAAGUUCCUCAACCAGCUCACUGCUGAGUUGAGUAACGUUAUUUCUCACUGCAAGCCUUGCCACGCGAUGAUUUCCCUGGAAACGUUGGGUUCACUUGCAAUGAUUCGGUCCACGACUCCGCGUAGAUCUAUGUGUACAUACACAUCCGUCACGACAUCAGCGAGGUUCCCGUUGCACGCACGGGAAGGAACACUGUCGCAGACUGCGAGGGAUAUGCUGCUCUCCCCCGCUUCCCGACAGGCCCAGCAUCAGCAUGCAGCAGCGCCUGCGUUUCUGGUGCCGGCGCUGACUGGAGAAGGAGGUGGGCAGCUAUGUGUAACACAACUAACACCAACACUAACAGUCGCUGUAUUCCAGUGUGAUCACAAUAGAUCUUCGAAUCAUUGUUCGUCUUCACACUAUAUCAGUCUUCAGACCACUACAAUGGUUAUGUUGUAAUGGUCUACACACUGUACACAUUUUUACUUCAAAGGUAUGAUGGAUCGACUGUCUGUACUGUGUGUACAUGUGCGCUAUGUAGAUCUACCAAGAUGCCGUCUUCGUACAGUGGACGCUGGUCAUGCACAAUCGCCACGACCCCAGUGCCGUUCUGGCUGUUGAGCCGAGAUAUCGUGCUUGCGCCAAACACAUGAUGGCUGUGGCGGGCCACACGAUACUCCUGCCUUUCUCUACCAGUUGUCUCCUCGCCCUUUCGACUUGCGAAUAGCAGAGCUGCGCGAUGUCCAGAUCUCUGUACUGGCACACAGCGACUCGAGCAAGUGUGUACUCUGCACAUACAGCGUCUCAUGCACUGGCAAGAAGACUCACAACUAACGUGCUUGGCACAAGUUAUCACCGUCUCUCGCUGUGCGAUUUUCGAGAACAUAGGCGAUGUGUUACUUGUUCAAGUUGGUGUAUUAGACUCUUCAGAGUGGUGGGCUUUUCGUGUCGGAAACCCUCCUGGAGAGGGAUUAUGCUGCGCUCGGCGUGAAAACUGCAUUCUUUGCUGGUUGGACGUUACUAAUGUGUCUAGAAGGGGUGGGCUUGUUUAGAAAAUGAGAGAUUUUGGAGAAAUAAUUCCACCUCCGCGUCCUCCACCUCCCAUUCAUCGCUGCUCACAUCCAAGGGCAACGUUUCUCAAUGGCAAGGAGGAUGCCAGCGUGUUCGACUUCCAGGCUAGUAGGCCACCUCAGCCGCUGCCUAAAACCAAGCGUCGCUUGUGCUCGACCAAGACUUUGCCCGCACGUCCGCCGCCACCUGCACGUCCGCCACCGCCGGUCGUUACCAAAGGAAUAAUGGAUCCUCUGCUGGUGAGGAAGCUGUACCGUGCCUUGUCGUCGCCUUCGGAAGCUAGAUCGCCUCAGCAGUCGACAGUGGAAGGCAGGAACUUGCUGCGGCAGCGCAAUGCUCUCCAGCGCGUCGGUGCUGGCGCAUCGCCACCACCAGCCUCCGACCGGUCUACAACACGCGUGGCAUCUCUCUCACCGGACUCGCCCGCCGAGUCGCCGAUGAUGCUGCGCAGCACCAAGCGCCGGUCGUUCAAGGCGUCCAUUUUCCGCAUGAUCGGCUCAAACACGCGCAGCACGAAGACCGUGUCUGCCGAUGACCUGGAUGCCCCCAUCGACACCCUCUCUCCCUCGUCGUCAACGAACAGCUCUUUGCCCCGUGUGAAGAGUCUGCCCGCUGUCAGUGCCCUUGCGGCCACUGAUGGCCAAGCUACAGCGGAAGGAACCGAUGACAAGGCCAGUGACAAGGACAAGAAAACACUGAAGAAGAGCAAGAAGAGUAGGGAUAAGUCAAAGGACAAGGAGAAAGCCGACAAGAAGUCCGAGAAGAAGACGAAAGAAAAGGAGAAGAGCGGCAAGGAUGAGAACAAAUCACCACGAAAGGACAGUCUGCCGUUGUGGGCGCAGAGCUCCAGGGUGUCGACGUCUUCGUCCAAGUCCGGAACGGCUAGCACGCCUGGAAGCGUGUCUGUAUCUGUGUUCUCACCGCCCGAGGAAGGCUCCAAGUCCACCAUGCUGGUGCAGGGCAGUAGCAGUACAUCGGACAGCAAUCCGUCGACGCCGGUGUCCGCAUCGGGCAGCAGUGCCACGGGGAGCAUCAACGGCUUCGCUAAGCCCGCGGACGCAAAGGCCCAGCAGACACCAGCCACUCUGAAUCGCAUGAAAGAGGCACCAAUGGGUCUGGGUCUCGGCGAGGCUUCAGCAGCCCCCGGCAAGCCACCCAAGAAGCCCAAACCUGCCGCUCCCAAGACCCUGGGAAAGCCGCCGAUAUCUGAGAAGCCACGGCCUAAAAUCAGCCGCUCCAAGUCAGCCUCUCACACCGCCAACAAGAAGAUCGACACAUCUCCACGGCCGAUGAUAACACGGCAAAAUGGUCAUGCAUACUCCUCCACCGACUCCGAGCCAUCACGCGAGGCCACACCAUCACCAGAUCUGUUCUCCGAGACCCUCACUGCUCAGGUUAGCGUCACCUCUGCAAACCCCUCGGCCUGUGUUAGCAGUUCAUCUGGAACGAGUGUGUUUGCUUCGGCGGGUGAGGCCACAUCGGCCGGCGAAGUGGGAUCCGGAGGUCGUGAGAAAGUUUCACCGUGUGCUGGACGUGAUAAUGAGUCUGGACCUGGACCUAUGCUCUACCAGACCUGGCAGUUCGUCUCCACCAGUUCGGAACAGGACGACACGUCGGAAGGGGACACGCCAACCAGUCCCGUCCGUCCCCCCACCGCCCGCAAGCCGGCCGAAGAGCAGCUUCACAGAAUGCACUCGUCCAUGCGAGUCUCGGCACGGCGGCACGACAAGAAGAAGAUGCGCUGGGAGGAGCAGCCCAAGGUCCGUAACAGCCAAUAUAUCCCCGAAAUGACAAAGGAGGAGCAGCAGCUGCAGCAGCGCUACUUUGAAGUUGUGUCGUCCGAGCGCUCGUACAACCAGAGCAUGAAGGUGCUUGUGUCGCACUUCAUGGAGUCGGAGGCGCUCUCGCCGGGGCCAACCCCUGUCAUAGACCCAGCUUGUCGCCACUCGCUGUUCUCCAAUGCUAAAGCUCUGCUGGACGUCAGCGACCGAUUUCUUGCCGAGCUAGAGGAACGGCUGCAGGAGAGUGUGGUCAUCACCACCGUCUGUGACAUCAUCAAGCAACAUGUGGAGUGCUACUUUGAGCCGUACGUGCACUACUGCAGUAACCAGGCCUACCAGAUCAAGACACUGGAGAGCUUACUAAAAAAUAAUGCCGCCGCCCGAAAGGCCAUCACCGAGCUUGAGAGGUCCAAGGAGGCGCAGAAGCUGCCGCUGGUGUCGUUUCUCCUGCUGCCAAUGCAACGCGUGACGCGCCUAAAGCUGCUGGUGGAUGCAAUUCUAAAACUGGUGCCCAUCGGCAGUGGAUUGUUUGCCUUGGCACAGGAAACGCUGACCGCUGUCAAAGAAUGUGUGAAUCGUUGCAACGAGGGCGCCAAGGCAAUGAAGCGCACUGAGGAGCUCAUUGAACUCAACAACCAGGUCGAUUUUGGAAAGCUCAAGCCUCUGGCGAUGGUGAAGUCAUCACGCUGGUUGCAGCGCUCUGGUUGCAUCAACCUGAUCAACAAGGACAAGAAGAACAAGACGAGCGAAGUGCACCUGAUCGCGCUCAACGAUCUGCUGCUGAUAGCCAAGGGCGGACGCAAGAGGCCCAUGUACAAGAUCAUCGACUACUGCUAUGCACCGUUCUUGGCCGUGGACGAGCAGGCUACUGUGGCCGAGCUGGCCCCUCCGCCGGGCAACAUGCUGCGCAGUUCAUCGGACAGUGCUCUCUUCAAGCUGUCCGUUAACAGCAGUACGGACUCUGGACCGCCGGAGAACCGCUGCUUCAAGGUCACCCUACUGGAGAACUCCAGCCGUCAGGCCAAGGAUUACAUGCUCGAGGCACACUCAAUAACGGAGAAGACGCGAUGGCUCGAAGCCCUGUCACCGAACAAGGAAGAAGACGGCGAUGAAAGAAUCUACGAAGCAUGGGAUUGUCCCGAGGGUAUGGCCAUUCACCCAUACAUGGCACAGCAGCCCGACGAGCUAUCCAUGGAGCCUGGAGACAUCAUCAGCGUUCUCAAGAAGAUGAAGGACGGCUGGUACCAGGGACAAUCACAGCGUACGGGCGAGCAAGGCUGGUUCCCAGCCGCCUACAUGAAGGAGCGCGAGACAGCGCACUCGCGGGCCCGUGACCUGCGCCAGCAACACCUGAUGACCAAGAAGCAAGGCUCGUCGUCGACGACCGGCCAGCCGCAAUGCUCUCCGUUGCACAGUCCAACCAUCGCGACUGAGCAUGAUUGAUUGAAUGAGGCCAGCAGCAACACCAGCACUCACUGCUCUCCACUGCACAGUCCGACCAUAGCGAAGGUGCAUGAUGGCUUUCCGCUUUCACAGUCCAACCAUAACGACGGUAUACGACUGAGUGAAUUGACACCACCUGCCGGGAGAGGCUUCUCUAAAAUAGCAUUACUAUAAUAAGUCUUGUAGCCACCGGAUGGAUGUAUGCCCGUAGCUUUCAACGGAGACACACGGUAUCGCAAGCUAUAUUUGCGUGAUAUGAUGGAUGGAGAAGAACUUGCCACACUGCAGUCUAACCACUGUCAAGUCGCUCUACGAAAAUAAAGAUCCUCAGCCUGAUACCAAACUUCAAUUUCCUCCACCUCCUGUUUAUUUUAUUUUUUACUUGACAAGUUGAAAUGCUGAGCAUAUAAUAAGGAAGCCCGGCAACCCGGCACACUCCAUAUUCAUUCGCUGGUGAUUUAGUCUUAGGUAAGCUUUCUCUCUCCCUCUCUCUUUACUACGGUAAUUAAUUUCGUGACCCAGGCAUGUGGAGUAAUCUAGAGGCGCAAGAACGUCGUUCUUAGGUUUUUCAGUAAUCUGGCUGCCUUCAGAUAGCACCAAUGAUUCUGCCACAUGUUGACUGCACGUGUAAAUAAACACGCGCACACAAUUGUAAGUAUAAUAAUUAUAUUAGCAAAGGCUGUAUUGAAGAACAGCAGAAAACCGA